CCGAGCGUACUGUCGCAGAAUUGGCGUUUGAGGCUACGUGAGAUUGCUGCGAGUGGAUUUAAGAAUCCCGCGUGGUGGGAAUUCUGUGACUUGAGAUGUGGUUUGUGAUGCCGGCUUCCUAGAAUAAGGCCACUCCUAUAAAGGAAAAAAGUAGGUCUCAAGCCCGGAAAUUCAUCCUUGCUAAGGAUACCCUUGAUGAGACACCAUUACCAGGAUUUCAGGACAGAUCCUAAAUGUGGUGGCCACUUCCUAAAAGCUGUUAAAAAUGACCAAGUCCCAGGGCUUAUUGUCAUUCAAUGAUGUGGCUGUGGAUUUCACCUGGGAAGAGUGGCAGCUGCUAGACACUGUUCAGAAGAACCUCUACCGGGAUGUGAUGUUGGAAAAUUAUAGCAACCUAAUAUCAUUGGGUUAUCAAGUUACCAAGCCAGAACCAGUGAUGCACUUGGAGAAAGGAAAAGAAAAAGAAAAAGCAGUAGUAGAGAGGGAAUUCCCAAGUCAGUGUGGUCCUGAAGUAAUGUGGCAAGUUUAUGAUUGGCAUCGGGAAGAUAACGGGAAGGGUGGACCUGUGGAGAGAGAUCAUGAAAACAAUGCAUUGGGAAAAAUAUUUCCUUUGAGCAAAAACUUUGUUUCAUUUACACAAAGACCCCAUAAAUGUGUCUCAAGAGGAAUAAGUUUGAAACAAAAUUCAGACCCAAGUUAUCAGAGUAAAAGCUAUGCAGAAAUGAACUCUGAUGAGUUAAAUGGUUAUGGGAAGUCAUUUUUCCAUACUCUACAUGAAACCUCCCACCCUCGAGCCCAGUACUAUGAACAUAAUUUAUGUGUGAGGUCUUUCAGCACAGUAACAAAUCUUAAAAGACAUCACAGAAUUCACACAGAAGGGAAACCUUAUGAAUGCAGUGAAUGUCCCAGAUCCUUCAGGUAUAAGUCAAAGCUCAUAAUACACCAGGGAACCCAUACAGGAGAGAAGCCAUACAGAUGCAGUGAAUGUCAGAAAGGUUUCAGUACAAAAUGUCAUCUCACUCUGCACCAGAGAACUCAUACAGGAGAGAAACCGUAUGAAUGUAUCGAGUGUCAGAAAUCCUUUAGAACAAAAUAUCAUCUCAUUCUACACCAUAGGACUCAUACAGGAGAGAAACCCUAUGAAUGCAAAGAAUGUGGAAAAGCUUACAGGGAAAAGACGAAGCUCAGAUUACAUUACAGAACACAUACAGGAGAGAAACCUUUUGAGUGUAGUGAUUGUGGGAAAGGUUUUAUGCAAAAGUCAAACCUGAUUAUCCAUCAAAGAAUCCAUACAGGAGAGAAACCCUAUGGAUGUAAAGAAUGUGGAAAGGCCUUCUGUAGUAAGUCUCAGCUUGUUGUUCACCAGCGAAAUCAUACAGGAGAAAAAUCCUAUGAAUGCAGGGAAUGUGGAAAGGCCUUCUGUAGUAAGUCUCAGCUUGUUGUUCACCAGCGAAAUCAUACAGGAGAAAAAUCCUAUGAAUGCAGGGAAUGUGGAAAAGCCUUCAAUAAAAACUUACACCUCAUAACACAUCAGAAAAUUCAUAUCAGAGAGAAACCUUAUGAAUACAGUGAAUGUGGAAAAGCUUUUGUACACACAUCACAGCUCAUUCUACAUCAGAGAAAUCAUACAGCAAGAACACCUUAUGAAUGUGAGGGAUGCGGGAAAGCCUUUAAUAAAAAGUCACACUUCAUAACCCAUCAGAGAAUUCAUACGGGAGAGAAGCCUUAUGAAUGCAGUGAAUGUGGGAAGGCUUUUAUAGACAAGUCACAGCUUAUUGUUCAUAGAAGAACUCAUACGGGAGAGAAACCUUAUGAAUGCAAGGAAUGUGGGAAAGCCUUUAAUAAAAAGUCAUCCCUCAUAACACAUCAGAGAAUUCAUACGGGAGAGAAACCUUAUGAAUGCAGUGAAUGUGGAAAAGCUUUUAUAGACAAGUCCCAUCUCAUUGUCCAUCAGAGAACUCAUACAGGAGAGAGACCCUAUGAAUGCAGUGAAUGUGGAAAAGCUUUCAUACGAAAGGCAAUGCUCAUUGUCCAUCAGAGGACACAUACAGGAGAGAAACCCUUCGUAUGCCUUGAAUGCCAAAAAGCCUUUAGCAGUAUGGCAAUGCUCAGUAGACAUCAGUUGAUUCAUACAGGAGAGAAACCCCAUGGAUGCAGUGAAUGUGGGAAGGCUUUCCGCCAAAAAAGCCAUCUUAUUAUCCAUCAACGAUGCCAUACUGGAGAGAAACCCUAUGGAUGCAUUCCAUGCGGUCAAAUCUUCAACCAGAAGUCACAGCUCAUUAGACAUCAGAGACAUCACACAGGAGAGAAACCAUAUCAGUGCACUCAAUGUGGGAAACCCUUUUUUGAGAAAUCAUACCUCAGUGUCCAUCAGAGAAGUCAUGCAGGGCAGAAACCUUAUCAAUGUGGUGAGUGUGGGAAAACUUUCUCUGUCAAGUUCUUUCUCACUUCACAUGAGGAAAUUCAUACAUGAAAACAAUCCCAGGAACACAGCACUGGGAAGACUUUAGUGAGAUGCCAGAUCUCCCUGAAUAUAAGAAAAUUCACACGAGAGUCACCCUAUGAAUGCAGGGAAAGUUAGGGUACUUUUCCAUUAAUUUUGGCCUUUGUAAGUUUCAAAACUUACCCAGAAGAGAAAUCUUUUAAAUGCAGUGAAUAUAGGAAAAUUAUCUACUACCAAUGUAGCCUCAUAUUUCAUGAGAAAAAAGGCAGUAUGAAUGAAAAGUUGAAAUCUCUUCUUGAGACGAGAUCCCAUUAUACAUCGCACAAAUGAAACCUUUGGGUACAACAAAUGUUUUUGAUAGGCUAUCAUAAAGUAGUCAGUUUUCACUGUGGAAAAAAAUCUCACAAAUAUUGUGAAUUCUUGAGUAGCUUCCAAACAAAUGAGUCUUCAUACCAAGGAAUACAGAUGGCUGAAGACUUGUGAUAAGGGAUGCCUCUGGCAUGAAGUCCAAACUUACCAUGCAUGAGAUAAUAUUUUUUUAAGGAGAAUUAGUAGAGUGUAAUGAUGGUGGGAAAGUUUAUUUACAUAUAAACAACUUCAUAAUAAAAAUUUUGAUCAUUGCAUUACCAUGUAUUUAUACAGAAUGUAACACAAAGUAGUCAGUUAGGAAGAGCAGAUAACUUUAGCAUGCCAAAGGACACUUUGUUUCAUGUUUGAAUAUAUUGUAUAGUCAAAGAAGUAAAUUAAGAAAGGUCCCAGAUGUAUGUAUUUGCUUUGUGUCUGAGUAUUUUUGUAGAACAUGUAUAUG